AUGGCGGACUUGCACUUGCAGGAGGUUCGUGAAUGGUUUACAAAAAAUAAUCUUAGUGAAUAUGCUGAAGUCUUUAUUUCAAAUGGCUUUGAUUCCAUAGAAUUGAUUCUGGAGUAUGUUGACAAAACAUUGUUAGAAGGGCAGUUCUCUCAGCAAAUAUGUUUACCUGGAAAAAGACAUCAGCUCAUGUUGGCAAUCAAGCGACAAAAGAAGGGAAAAUCCCUAGAUUUUUCGAAAGAAAAGGUCAUGUUUGAUUGGUUCAAAGAAAAUGAAAUUGGCAGUUAUUUUGAUGAUUUUGUUUCCAAAGGAUAUGAUGAACUAGAAGUCAUUAUCGAGACAAUUACAGAGGAAAUUCUCGAGAAAGAGUUUUCCAUAGACAUUCCACUACUUGGACAAAGGAAAAAAGUGGCAUUGGCGGUGAGAAAGGCAAAACAAAGAGCACAUUUGACAACGUCUGGCAGCGUUACAACAUCUAAAGAACGUACUGUUAAUAAUAAUACUGUUAAUUUAAAGUGGACUGACAAAGCACUUGGUAUAAAUGAUCCAUGGAAAAAGUUAUCCCUUGGCUAUAUUCCUUAUCCAAAAGGUGAACGUUCACUGGCCUACAUGAAACUUUUACCAGUGUUUUAUGAAGCAGUGUGGCCUUAUUGCCAGGCUGAGAAUGUUUUCCGCAAGCUGUUUAUGGAAGAAAGAAGCAGGCAAUAUGGUACAUCUACAAAAAUAUCAUCAAUUAGUAAAAAAAUUGAAUUCAUGAAAGGUGAAAAUCCUGCAGCUUGUGGUCGGUAUUUGAAAGAGUCUUAUAUCGCAAAAUCCCAUGAUACAAGGGUUUUGUCACAACACAUUAGUAAGUUAAAUGAAUCUAAGGCAGAGGUGAUUAAGAUGAAAGAUGACCUAGCUACCAUUCAUCAAAGUCUAUUUGAAAAUAAAGGUAUGUUGGUUAAACGUAGCAAAGUGCCACAUCACAACUAUAAUUUGUCAGCAAUUGCACAGCUAAAUGAAUUGCAAAAAGACAUCUCUGAACUUGUUGUUCAACUUGAGGAAAAAUACCAAGUGUUUACCAGUUAAAAAGGCACCUGUUUCACACGCUAGGAAAAGAAAACAGAACAAACAGAAGGCAGACAAAAGAAAAAGAGCAAGAUCUGAAAAGCAACUUAUGGCAGUGAUGCAAAAGAUAGCACCUUCAGUUGUGUUUUUCGAAAAGGUUGAUACUCAAGAUAUUAUAAUUGAAGAGGUCAAAAGCUUAAAAAAACGAGAAUCACAAGUAUUGUAUAAUGCCGUGAACUCGGGAUUUGUUAAUAGUAUAACUGAGGAAGCUAAAAUAUUUAUUGCAGAUUUAUUACCUGGUGAGCUGCAUGAUACACCUGAUUCUGAAGAAGAUAGCAGUGAGGAUUCUGAAGAUGAUAGCAGUAAGGAAUCCUAG